AAUGGCUCAAGCUGAUAGAAAAGCAGUUGUAAAAAAUGCUGAUAUGUCUGAAGAAAUGUAACAAGAUGCCAUUGAUUGUGCUAAUCAAGCUUUAGAGAAAUUCAAUAUUGAGAAAGAUAUUGCUGUAUAUAACUUUAUAGAUUGAAUAGGCAUUCAUCAAGAAAGAGUUUGACAAGAAAUAUAAUCCAACUUGGCAUUGUAUUGUGGGUAGAAACUUUGGAUCUUAUGUUACACAUGAAACCAAGCAUUUCAUCUAUUUCUAUAUGGGAUAGGUAGCAAUUCUUUUGUUCAAGAGUGGAUGAG